CUCUGGAGGUUCACAGGUCAGGGGUUGCUAAGGCGAGGGGAAGAUGGCGGAAGGCGGAGCGAAGAGCUGCCGCCGCUGAAUCAGAUUUAACAGGCAGGUAAAGAGAUUUACCAGCACAUUUGAUCGCUGUCAAGUCAGUCUUCACCCUGAAGGAAUAGAGACGCUGAUGGCGCUGCUGUACGGCCUGUUAUGGCGGUUCUUGCUGGUGCUGGUCCACGUCAACAGAGCCCUCGUCUCCUGGAUCCGUGUCCGGCUUCGGAGCUGGAAGGGCCGACUGUGGGAGCGGGCUAUGACCGCGAUGCUGCUGCCGCUAGCCCUGGCUGGCUUCCCGGACCACCAGAAGAAGUUAAAUCGCAACCCCGGUGCUAACGCUAACCCGGUAACUGAAAACUACGCUGUCAGUCGCCGGUCCCGGUGUCUGUCCGAUGGCAGGUCCUUGGAGAAGCUGCCGGUCCACAUCGGCCUGUUGGUAGCCGAAGAGGAGCCCAGCUACACGGACAUAGCCAACCUGGUGGUGUGGUGUAUGGCCGUUGGUAUUUCUAAUGUCAGCGUCUAUGACAAUCACGGUAUUCUCCGAAAAAAUGAUUCUCGUCUGCUUGAGGAGAUAGUGAGGAAGCAGCAGGAUUUUCUGGGUGGAGAUGGAUCCAAAUACAAUGUGGAGUUCCUGAGCAAUGGUACUGACAAACACCAACAUCAUGUGGUGUCCUGCAGGCCUACUGUGAAGGUGUUGUCUCCAGAGGAUGGAAAGCAGAGGAUCGUGAAAGUAGCGCAGCAGCUCUGUCGCUCUGUGGAGAACAAAGAGAGGAGCUCCAGAGACAUCAGUGUCACCAUGCUGGACAUGAUGCUCAGAGAGUCAAAGAAUAUUCCAGAACCUGAGCUGGUGGUGAAGUUUGGUCCAGUGGAGAGCACACUGGGCUUCCUCCCCUGGCACAUCAGACUCACUGAAUUCAUCUCCCUGCCCUCUCACAGAAAUGUGUCCUAUGAGGACUUGUUGGGUGCCCUGCAGCGGUACUGCGAUUGUCAGCAGCGGCUCGGCCAGUGACACUCAGGCCAGGAAGUGUGGGGUGCACACAGUCAGGGGAGGGUGUGGUAAAUCUUCCACAGCUCGCUGUGUUCCUCACUGCUCCUCUCCCACAAUCCGUGUGUCUCUUGGAUCUCUAACAGACUAAGAUUGCUCUAAAACGAGGAAGUUGGGAGAGCCAGCCAGCUCACUUCCUGCCACCAGCUCUUGUCACUUAAUACACUUGCAUCCACAGGACUUGUGGAACAUGUUUCCCAAACUGACAUAAGAGAGACAUUGACAUUAGAAGAAUAUCUGCACAGACUCUGUGUUCCACAAACCCUGUUCUGUCCUCUGGCUCACUGUUUCACUGUUCAGUGUCCAGCUGCUGUUUACUGCUGAAGACCCAGAACAUGACUUGCCUUCACUCAACAGACAACAAAGAAGAAACUAGGCUUUGUGUUAGUCCUUGUGCGGCAUCCUGGGGAAUACAGUUGCAUUUUUUGGGAGAGGCUCAACUGCUAACACCAUGUGAGCUGAGCAGAAGAAGUUGACCUUAGGGACAGAGAGUAAAUAAUCUGUAAAUAUGAGAAAUUAUGUGGCUCUGUGUUUGUCCCUCUGGCCUCCAGCUUACAGUUGUGUGAUCAUGUGCAGUGUUGCUUGAGACACAUUCAGAGGUUUGUUCGACUGACCAAGCUCUGAAAUAAAGAAAAACACUGUCUGACUGUGUAUGUGUCUGCCGACGGUUCCUACUUUUAAAGGACAGUUCCAUGACAAUAUAAUCUCAGCUCCCGCUAAUAGUUACUAAUCCUCACUUAUCUGCCUUAACUGAAUUGUCACUUAUCACAUUUGACAACUUGAUUAUCUCCAUCUGCAAUACAGUCCAUGAGAAGAUGUCCAAUGAAUAAUGAAAUUACAAAAAAUAAGUAAGUUGAAUUUAAUUCAAGAUUAUUUUGUCAAACGUUUGUCUUGAGCAAGCUUUCAUAAUCUGUAUGGGUCGUACUGUAACUCUGACAAACAUUUGAUUUUUUUUAUUGUAAAUUUUAAUAACUUGUUAUUCACGGCACUUAAACAACUGAGUUCUCUAGGUCAAUAUAACACUGCCCCUUUGGGCAAAUAUAAAUAACAGAAAAUGCCAUUGGUCUCGGCUAAUAAAAGUUUGGAAACUGCUUGUUGCAAGGUUACACUGACAAAUCUGUUCUACAUAUACUGUAUCAGCUUCCUCAGUCAUAGUCCUUCAUACAAUCACCAUUACUCUCAAUAAAUCUAACUGGUUCUCCUUGGAGUAAUGUUAGGUCACAUCACAGUCAGGUGACAACAUCAAGGCAAAAUAAAAGAUGUCAAGUAGUCAGAGAAAUGAAAAGUGACUGUGUUUGAUUGUUAAAGAAUGUUUCUCUGAGAUCAAUCUUAUGUGCAUUCUCUUUUCUCCAGACACGAGUUUGGUCAAGUUUUGUUCUGAUCUGUAGAAUGGAAGUACUGUGGUUCCACUCUUGAGCCACAUUAAAACAGCUGAGCCAUC